AUUUAAAUCAUCUGGAAUCUUCUUUUGUUUUUGUCACCGAGAAAUCUGACAAAAGACUAAGGUCAUUGGUGGAUUCUGCUGUUGUCCAUAUUCAGCAGGAUGCCAGAGUUGGACAACUUCCCCCCACUGAAUGAAGACAGAAGCCCAGAUCUGGGCCUUAACGGUCCGGCGGACCCGGCCCAAAUUCAGCACAGCAUCCUUGAGGAGCAGGUGGAGCUGUGGUGGUUCAGAAACCCCGGGCGGUCUUUACUUUGCUACAGUGUCUCGGUGCUCCUAAUCCUGGGCUGCGGACUCGGAGGCGUCGGCCUUCUCUCCACCACCACCAGCGUAUCGAGCGAAUGGCGGCUCGGCGCAGGAACGGCCCUGUGCCUGUUGGCUCUGGGGGUCCUGCUCAAGCAGCUGCUCAGCUCGGCCGUGCAGGACAUGAACUGCGUCCGGAGUCGACAACAGAUAGAAAUGCUGAAGAGCGGCGGCUUGUCUGACAUCUUGGUGGUUCUGAUCACAGGGAUGUCGCUGUUGAUUUGUGGAGGGGUUCUCCUGCAUUUGGCGCUGGUUUACCAUAUGCCGAAGCCGGGCCAAGCCCUCAAUGACAUGUACAUCUCUGGAGUGGUUUUGCUGACGGGUGGAGGAGUCGCCGUCGUGGGCGUUGGGAUAUACACUGUGGUGGCUGUCCUGCUGGGGAGGACAAGGCACGGACGGAGACUUGUAGACCGAGUUCUGAAUGUGUUUACCGUGUCAGGACACAUGGACCGCCACGCUCGCAGAGAGACCGCCUCCAGCUUGGCCAACCUCAUAUGAGGUCCGACUGCAAUGAAGCCGUGUUGGAUGGUUCCUGUUUCAAGUUUAUUGGAGAAAAUUUAACCCGAAUUAUCAAAAGAUUUUAAAACAAGAUCCAUUAUUUUCUUCAUUCAAAUGUGCAUGAAAGACAAAUGAAACAAAUUUGGAAGAUUUAUAUGAAGCUGAUCAAAUACAGAGCAAAAAUCAAAUAUUUUAUAAUAGUGAAGCACAAUAAUGACAAUAAUACAAAUAAUACAGUUGAAAUUAGUUAUUUACAUACACUGUAUAAAAAGACAUAACUAUUUUGUGCCAUCAUAAGUCAACCAAGAUAACAUUAUUCAUGUUUUGCUUUUUGCUUUUAUCAAAGUCAGAAGUUCACAUAGAAUAAUGCGCCUUUAAACAAUUUGAGAAAUCAUGUCAUGGCUUUGGAAGAAUAGAAAGAUUGAGACACGUAUUUUAGGACAACAGCUAAAACCUGGUGUGACAUUGUGGACAAAUGAAAGCAAAUUUGUCAAAACACCAGGAAGAGAAUGGCCUGCCCUGUCUGGUUUACACAUUUGGUGUCAUUUACAAGACUAGUUAUAAAGUGAUCAUGUCAAUAUUCUGAAGCGACCAGCUUACCCCUUGAUUUUAAUCCUGUUAUAAGUCACCCAAAAUGUUUGAGACAACAUAUUUGUGGUAAAAGAAAAUUGUACCAAAUACCAGGGAAAUCUACAUAAACCUCUGAUUUGAACAAAUUAAAAACAAAAAACAACAGAAAAAACACUGUUUCAAUAAUCUGGAAAUUAGCAAAACAAAAUUAUUUCAGUUAUUCUAAUUUGGAAGCUAUUGAUUUGCUUUAAUGUCAGUGAGAAAAAAAAUGGUUAUGUAUCUUUUUUAUACAGAGUAGCUACAUAUCUGGUUGGGACUGUAUAUUCUUGUAUAUUAAUAUUGUUUAAAAACAUUUAAAGUGUACGAAAUCUGGCCUAUAAUUACGUUUAUUUAUGUAUAGAAUCUCCGGCAACAUUGGUACAGUCGAUGAGAAGUUAGUGUUAUGAAGAGCAUCAACUUAAAGUAUAAAAAGGACAUUUUUUAAUAAGAGGAUGAAUGUUGUUUUAAGUGAUUCUGAAUAUUCAGAGACAAUACGAACAUUUUACAGUUCAGCACGUUGCAAAUGUGGCAGCAGCUGUUGCUAUGAGCAGCAGCUAAAUGCAUUGUAAUAAAUGUCAUAAAAGUAACAUCUGCUUGUUUAAAGGGUCCGCUUUAUUUUGCAGGUAUUGCAUUCAAAAUUAUGCUAAUUCACAUCAAAAAUUAUUCAUCUGACCCCUGGACAAAACCUUUGACUAAUAUUAGUACAAUAAUAGAUAAUUGUUCAGGAUAAAAGCACAAUCUGGAAUACAAAUGGGAGAAUAAAGGAUGGAAAGAUUUCCAAUGAAAUAUGAUGUUUAUGAACUGUUUUUUCAAGCUCUUGUUUAUUCAGAACCACACUUAGUGACAUGAAUGUGAAAGAAUUUAGUUCUUCUUAUAUUAGUGUGGUUGCGUAGUUCUUCUUCCAGGGUGAAAUGUUGACACAGCAUGCAAGUUUAUUUUUCAAGAUGCAUUUGCUUCAAAAAAACAAAAAGUGGAUCAUGUCAGAAAGUGAUCUGUCUAGAGAAAUUCCUCGAAACUUUGUUUUAGGCCCUAGUUCUUUGUUGUUGUUGUUGCUUUCUUUAUGUUUUUCCAGUAGGAAUGAUUUCAAUAUAUGUUAUCAUCUCUGUACUGAUGACACCUACAUUAGCUGGGACAUUAUUU